UCACUUAAAGACGUCUCAUUGUUAACUUAAUGAAAAAAUACACCAAUUCCAUGUCAACGUAUGUUUCUACUUUGGAAUUUGUAAUUUUUUUAUGAUAGAAAUAGUAGUUGUAUGAGGAUUAACUUAUAGUUACCAGUUUACCACCAUCAACAUAGUUAUGUUGUUCAGGUUGAUGGGUACUUCAGAAAAUCGUGGUCAAUCAAAACUGUAUGCUAAAUGCUACAUCAGUUUAAAUAUUAUUUAAGUCUUAGGGACAACGAUUUCUAAAGACGUAAAAGUGCUUAGUAUAAAUUUUUAAUGACAACUUAGGAUGUGUUUGGGAUAGCUCCACUCCACCAAUCCACCGAUGGAGCAGCUGAAGCUGUCCCAAACGCAUCAACUUCACCUAUUUACCGGAGUGAAGCCAAUAGCCCCGCCAGUUCAUUUUGUCGAAGCAGCGAGGGAGGUGCUUCAGCAACUCCACUUCACCUCCUAAUAUCCAUCUAACCGUCCGCUUGAGUUUAAUUACCCACCAAUGCCACUAAACUACCCCAUCUUUUCAGCCCAGCCAAAUCGUUUUUCUGUAGGCUCGCCCACGAUUCCUCUCCUCAUUACGAACUGGCGACUAGGGCACGCCGCCGCCCCCAUCUCAGGCAGGAUCCCCGCCCUCUAGAGGCACUCUGACGCCCCCUAUGCUAGCGGCCCUGCCUUCUCUCGUCCGCCCCUUACUACCUCCAAUCGACCUUCACCGCAGCAUCCAACGAAGCAACCAAGGGACUCGUCGUCGUUGUCUUCCUACUCGAGGGAUUCCCUAGUCGUACUUGACUUCCAGUAGGUAGCCGCUGGAAGGUAUGACAAUAUUCUUCACUGCACCUUUUGCUUUUCUGUACAUGGUGCUACUGCGUACAUGAUCUGUACAUGGCGCUACUGCGUAUCUUGAUAGAUCAUACAUGGUGAUCAGUAGAAAAUAUUUGAGAUCUGUACAUGAUGAAUAGAUCGGAUAGCACAGCUUUUUUUAGGCCAAUCUGAUAGCACAGCUUGAUAUAUAUGGUCUGUACGUGGUGAAUACUUUUGUGUGACAUUACGAUCUGUACAUGUUGAACACUAGAAGAUAUAUGUGAUAUUCACAUCGUGAAUAGAUUGUACAACUUUUGUGUGACAAGUUUUAUAUUUUUUUGAAGAAUGGCUGCCAUUGCAUGGACUGAUGAAAAUACUAGUAUAGUUACCGAAUUAUUUUCUGAGGAAGUUGGUCGUGGGAAUCCAUCAAGUACCCACUUGAAUAAUGUUGGAUAUGACGAGGUAGCAAGGAGGUUUAAAGAUAAGACGGGCAUAUCAUUAAAGAAGUCGCAACUGAAGAACAAAUGUGACAAAUUGAAAAAUGAGUAUAGCAUAUGGAAAAGGUUGCUCAAACAAACAGGUGCCGGCUGGGAUCAUACGAGGGAAACAUUUGAACAAGACAAAGAGUGGUGGAAGAAAGCCAAAAUUGACAUUCCAGGUUGUGGCAGGUUUCAAAAGCAAGGUAUUCGGAACGAGGAACAUCUGAAGGUUAUGUUUGAAGAUAUCAAUAAUGAUGGAAGUGACCAUUGGUGUCCAACAUCCGGAGAUUUGCCACAACCAGCCGCCGAAGAAGAUCUUGUUAAUCUUGAAGGAGAUGAUACUAUUGAUAUUGACGAGAUAGAUGAAUCCCCUGCCAGUUCCAAAGGGAAGAGAGCUGCAAAGGUCGUGGGUGACAAGUCGAAAAAGUUGAAGACAUCCCAAGUGAUGCAAGAGGAGAUUAAAAAACUUGGUGUUUUGGCUGAGAGGACUCAGUUAUCAUUAGAGUCUUACACGAAGAAAGAUGACACUUGCACUAUCAAUUCCGUGAUGGACUUGGUAGUUGAAUGUAGUGCAGCUAUUGGUAGUGAUGAGCAUUUCAUUGCCACUGAGUUGUUUGUUAAAAAGGAGCAACGGGAGAUGUUCCUCCAUAUGCCAGUGAUAGAAGAUCGGCUUAAUUGGCUUAAGCGAAAGUAUAUGGCCAAAUAUGGUCGUUCCGAUCCCAUUUGA